AUGAGAUCCUCAACCUUGAUCAUGGCGCUUCUGGUGGCAGUCUUGUGUGGCUGCGGCAUCGAGGCCGCGAUGCCAACACCAUUCCAUGGUGUUGGCAUCGUCCCCAACAUGAACGAGUCGGUCCCGACAACCAAAACCAGCAGCAACAGCGAUGACUUCUUCGCCACUCUGCCCACCAGGACUCUGACUCUCUUCACUGCCGCACCUCCACCAACCCUGACUCCGCCCGGCUUACCUUUGACUCUGUCCACAUUUAUCAUGCCAACCUCGGUCCUUCCUCCAGAGUUUACGCCCCCAUUCGAAACCGUCACUAUUACAGCCACCAGUGUCAGUACCACCUCGAUCUUGCAGAGCAGCAGCGCCACUACUUCUUCACCUUCGAUCUCGUCAUCUUCUGUCUCUCCAGCCGUCCCUGUAACGACGAUCACGGUUUCUCCUCUGCCUGCAUCUCCAAGCGCCGACCAUACUGGCGGCAACAGUCACCUCUCCGCAAGCAAGACCACAGGAGAUCUUGGCAUGAACACUUCUGCUGUCUCGAGUCCCCUUCCUACAGCUACAUCAAACACCACCGGCAGCACGGCCGGCAAGCGCAAGUCGCUCAGCCGCGCCCAGAAGAUUGCGGCAAUCAUGACACCGAUCUUGGGGUUGAUCCUCAUCGCCGUCGCCGUCUUUAUCGGAUACUGGCUGAGAAUCCGUCGCCGAGAGCGCCAGCGGGCCGACCGCCUGGAGGAGCGGGCCCGCUGGUUCCGACAAGACCACAACGACUGGAUCCGAUCGCAGAUGAGUGGGUUUGAUGACAGCAAGGUCGGCCUCCUCAGCCGGGACCCGGUCGCGACGCCGACUCUGAGCAGCACCGACACGAUCGAUCGCCCGAGAACUCGCUCUCAGCGGUUCCCCGGGUCGACGGUCGUGGUCAGCCGCCCGGAGGAGGCGCUCGUCGACCGGGGGGUUCGGCGACGCGGCGGCGUCGAGGGCCUGCGCAACUAA